CACGAGACGCCACAAAAACCACCGCUUCAAUCCUUCACGCGCUCUGUUGCCAUGGCGCUGAGUUUGUUUCUUGUUCCCGGCAGACACCAAGUGAGAGGUUGUGCUUUAUGAUAAAGUAUCGACUGUGAGGGCAAACUGAAGAAGAAGUGAGAUUGUCCUCGCUGUCCAGCCGAGCUGAGCAUGUGAGGACAAAGUGAGAGGACAAGGAAAGUUUUGCAGCGCGCCCCUGUCUGAGCCCGUGAUGUGUGGCAGGGUAGCAGAGGGGCCCCUGCAGGUCUUUCAGAUCUACCGCCUGCUGCAGUGCGUCCAUGAGGGGGAUAAGGUGCAGAUAGAGAGGAUGGUGAAUCUCGGGGUGGAAAACCUCAUCAAUCUCACCGAGCCUCGAGACGGCACGGGGGUGCUGCACGUGGCGGUUUCAGCUAACAAUCAGGAUAUGGUAAGCUUCCUCCUCUCCCAGGGAGCACACCCCAACAUACAGGACAAGAAGGGACGUGCCCCGCUCAUGUUGGCUGCUGAACUGGGCAAUGAUGCCAUAGUGACACUGCUGACCCAAAACCACGCAAAUCUGAGGCUCCGAGACACUGAGGGCAAAGGUGUGCUCUUCUACUGUAUCUACCCCACCAAGCGCCACAGCCGCUGCCUGCAGGUGGCCCUCAAAUGCCAGGCGGACGUCAACAACGUGUCAGCGCAGGGGACUCAUGUCUUCCAGCUCAUGUGUGAAAGAGCCCAGGAGUGCACCUCCAUGUGUCUCAUCAUGCUGGGCGCAGGGGCCGACCCCAAUGCAACAGAUCAGAAAACCGGCAUCACAGCAUUGAUGGAGGCAGCCAGGGCCGGCUCUCUGCAGCUCGUUAGAGCCAUUCUCAGGAGAGGGGGAAACCCCAGCGCUCUGGACUGCAGACGCUUCACAGCAGUGCACUACGCUGCCAUGGGGGGCUUCUUUGAGGUGAUUCAGGUGUUGUCUGCAUACUCAGCAGACAUGGGCGUGACCAACCUAGAGGACUGCACAGCUCUGCACUACGCUGCUGCCACGGGCAACGCUAACUGCUGCAAGUUCCUGGCACAGAGAGGUUGUAACCCCAAACUGAAGAACCAGGAAGGUUUGCUGCCUCGUCAGAUUGCCAAAGAUUCCGGUCACAAAGUAGCAGCCAAGGAGCUGAGGAAAGCUGAGCGCCAACAGGGGAAAGGCAACAAAUCCAGCGGGGCCACCCUCAUGUCAGAUCUCUGGGGCCUGACCCUCCAUGACUGGUCUCAUGAAUACGAGGAUGAGCUACGGCAAGCCUUUGAGAACAAAUCCGACACGGUGACCACCGAGGUGUUUAUUUCAGUGUUAGAAGAACUGAAAGCUCCUGUUGAACUGGACCAGCUCCACACAGUCAUCGCAGCCCAUGAUAAGGGGAGAGAGGGCUGUGUUAAUAUUAACGAUUUCAUCAAAGGCGUCAAGUACAUCAAGAAGCCAUUCCUCCUCUCCUCGUAUAUGCCGAAAAAGAAAAAGGGAGAAAAGGGAGGAAAGGGAGGAAAGAAGAAGGGUAAAUUUGUCCUCCCUUUGCCCAUUUGCACCCUCCCGCCGGAGCUGAUGCCCAGGCAACCUGACGGAGGCCCACCCCACUUCAUGAUCGAGACCUACUACAACCGCUCAGACGUCAGCCGCUUCGACCGCGAUCACCCGCCAGAACAUCCCAUAAUAAACGACUCAGGGUGGUAUGUGGAGCAGCCACAGAAGGUGUACGUCAAUAUUAACUACUGUGUGAAGAGCGGAGACCUGGAGUCUCUGGACCUUGCUUUCAGUCAGGGGGUUCCUGUGGACGUUCAGGAUCAGUUUUACAAGACCCCGCUGAUGGUGGCCUGCUCCAGCGGCAACUACGAGGUGGCUCAGUACCUCCUCAGUAAAGGGGCUGAUGUGAACGCGUGUGACCAGUUCUUCUGGACGCCCCUCCACCAUGCCGCUCACGCUGGCCAGCUGCAACUUCUUGAACUUCUGGUGGAAGCAGGGGCCAACGUCGAUGCUCGGGCCCUCAGCGGAGGCACGCCCCUCAUGAAGGCCAUCCAGAGCUCUCGACCCUCCUGUGUGGACUUCCUCAUCAAGGCGGGUGCCAAUGUCAAUGCAGAGAACAAGAAAGAACAAAACUGCCUGGACAUUGCCAGAGCUUUUUCAGACUGCAGGAUUAUCGACUUAGUCAAAGACAAGAUGGAUUCUCUGCCAAAACCAAAGGAGACAGCCAAAGGGAAGGGGGGCAAAGAUCAAAAGCCUAAACCUGCUAAACAAAAGGGUGUAGCUGCAGGAGGUGCAGAGCACGCAGUGACAUCGACCGCAACAACAGCAGGAAAGACGUCUCCUCAGAAGGAUUCAAAGAGUGUCAUCCUGCACAACACCAGGAUCACAACGGGGAAAAACAACACUGUAGACAUCACCUUUGUGCCAAAAACGGUUUGGGGGAAGCCGCCCACCACCAGCCAGCUGAUGUCAAAGAUAGAGCGACGGAAGGAGCUGUUAUCCCUUGAAGUGGACUUUGAUGACUUCAUGACCGUUCAGCCAGAACAUCCAGAGGAAAACACUGGAGCUGGAAAAAACCACAGAGUAGACCCAAAGCCUGCUUCAAACUGAGAGCCACAUUGUAGUCUACAAUCAAACAGCCCUGGAGACACAAG